AAUGGCUUGUGUUCCCGCCCCUCUGACGCGCCCGGCCCACAUAAAUAGGAGGCUCUCCCGCUCUCCGGCACACUUCGGCGCAGCAGCUCCAAGAGCAAGUACCUCAACUCAAAAAGCACCAAAACAAACCGCAAACGAAAUGAGUCCCACCAUCAGUACCGAGGCCGACCAGCCUCUUCCUGCCAGGUCCACCGUGGCCCAGAGAAAACAAGCCAACGAACUGAGAAAGACUCUUAAACCUUUGUUGGAGAAGAGAAGACGUGCUCGUAUCAACGACAGUCUCAGCCAUCUGAAAAGCCUGAUUCUUCCUCUUGUUGGCAAAGACAACGCACGCUACUCUAAGCUUGAGAAAGCUGAUAUUCUGGAAAUGACGGUCCGUUUCCUGAGAGACCUUCCUUCCACUCCUGUCAAAGACUCCGCAGACAGUUACAAAGAAGGCUACAAAGCCUGCCUGCAGCGCGUCUCCACCCUGCUUCCCAAAACCAGUCUGGAUCAAGACGCUUGUCAGCGCGUGAACGAAUUCGUCCAGCAGUCCAUGUCCGCCGCCGUCACCCCGACGUGCCUGAGCUGCUGUGCGCAGAGCUCCAGGACCCUCCCGCAGAUCCAACAGAGACUCCUGAGCCUCAAAUCCAGCUUCAGCUCCAGGAUGGAGAGCCAGUCCGGCGGCAGCAGCAGCGGCGGCGGCGGCGCAGCGGCUCCCAGCCGCGCGCAGUCUGGAGCGCAGGCGGUUAGCGCAGCCAUGUGGAGACCGUGGUAGUUCAGAUGGAUAUUCACCUCAUGCUUGUUAUUUAUUUAGUCAUGUCAUUUAUGUAGUUUGUUUUCAUUCAUUGUUGGAGUUGCUGUACAAUGAUUUAAUUCAGCAUUUAGCUCAUUCCGCGUCUAAUGCCAGAGAGCACACGAGCACAGAUCUUAGAGAAACGAAAAGUCUUUGAGCUUUUUAAAAUGCAAUCCUCUUUGGGGUUUCAAAGAUAUGGGUUGUAGACAACACUUUUGUAAAACCCCAAGGGUUAUAUUGUUUGAGGUUUGCACAAUGGACUUAAAAGUAUUUUGGUCUGUGCAAAAAAUAGUCUGUAAACACCAUGUGUUAAAUAGGAUUAUGUUAUUCAUUGGCGUUAUGUGUAUAUAUAAAAAAAUGCAAUGUUUUGUAAUAGACAAAAGCUUUUUCAAUAAAUGUACAUUUCUCCAAUA